AUGGACCCAAACAAAUGGACAGAUGCAACUGUUCAAAUGUUCAAAGAAUCACAAGAAAUAGCAUUUGAAAGAAAAAAUGCAUAUAUUAUGCCAAUUCAUAUGAUGGAAGCAAUUGUUGAAGAAGAAUCAAAUAUUGUUAUCCGAAUAGUUGAAAUGAUGGGAGGUGAUGUUAAUAAAUUAAAGAAAGAAAUAAAAGAAACAAUGAAUAAAAUCGUAGUUCAAAAUCCACCACCAGUUGAUAUUGGACUUCAUCCAACAACACAACAAGUAUUAAGAAGAGCAAUAGAGAAACAAAAAAGAAUGGGAGACUCAUAUCUUGCAAUAGAUGUAAUUGUAAUGUCAUUAAUGGAAGAGAAAGAAAUUAGUACAAUAGUAGGAAAUAGUGGAAUUAAUGUGAAAGAAUUUAACAAAAAAAUAACAGAAAUGAGAAAAGGACAAAGUGUAGAAACAAAAGAAGCAGAAAGUCAGUAUGAAGCAUUAAAGAAAUAUGGAAAUGAUUUAACAGCACAAGCAGAAAGUGGAAAGAUGGAUCCAAUUAUUGGAAGAGAUGAAGAAAUUAAACGAGUUAUUCGUAUUUUAUCAAGAAGAACAAAAAAUAAUCCAGUAUUAAUAGGAGAACCAGGAGUAGGUAAAACAGCAGUAGUUGAAGGACUUGCACAACGAAUAGUUAAAGGAGAUGUUCCAAGUAAUUUACAAUGUCGAAGGACAAUUGAAGAAAGAUAA